GGCGCAGCGCAGAUACACAACAGUCUGAGCACAGCUGAGAGGAACAACAAAAAGACACGACGAUCACACAGCGAACCACAGUUUGUUCUGAUCAGUCUAACCAUGGGUCGGAUCUUCUUGGACCACAUCGGAGGCACGCGUCUGUUCUCCUGUGCCAACUGUGACACCAUCCUGACCAACCGCUCCGAGCUCAUCUCCACACGCUUCACCGGGGCUACGGGCAGAGCCUUUCUCUUCAACAAGGUGGUGAAUCUGCAGUACAGCGAGGUGCAGGACCGCGUGAUGCUCACCGGCCGCCACAUGGUGCGCGACGUCAGCUGUAAGAACUGCAACAGCAAACUGGGCUGGAUCUACGAGUUCGCCACCGAGGAUAGCCAGCGCUACAAGGAGGGCCGCGUCAUCCUGGAGAGGGCGCUGGUGAGGGAGAGCGAGGGCUUCGAGGAGCACAUACCGUCGGAUAACUCCUGAUUAAACCUGAGCCAGAGAUUAACCCUGAGCCCGCCUGCCCCUCACUGUCCUGUAGGGUCGUCAAAAGUAUCGAAAAUCAGAUAUUAAUCGAUGCUUACAGGACAAAAAUGAGCCUUUCCUGAAUAGCUUUAGAAUGAUCUUGAGCUGUAUCAGAACAAGUAUAAGAGCACAUAGACUAGUUUACGCCCAUGGACCACUGUGGAACCUACCUGGACCACUGAGGGAUUACACAGAUGUAAGACCACAUGGUAACAUAAGAGAAAGUACUCAAAUUUUAUGUUGAAAAUCCCAUUCUAUUGUAUUCUCAUCAUGGUUUUGGAAUCGGUAUUGUGUAUCGAGUUCCUUACACCAGCCUGGGACAGCCUUCAGUAAAAAGGACAAGAUGAGGAUUAAAAAACUAGAAAAAAAAAAUCCAUGACUAAAAUAAUGUCAUGAUACUUGAAUUCUCUUUUCUAUUGAGUUGCAUAUUUAUUUGCAACAAUACCAGCAAUUUUUCCACAAUGUAAUGAUUGUGAAAUUGUGAAAUUCGACAUCCACGUUGUAUAGUUGGAUUUUUAAAAGAUUGGUUUUCACAAGACACAUUUAGAGUUUAGAGUCAUAGUGACAAAAAUCCUCUUCUAGGAUCAUCUUGGCUCACAAAGUUGCCCUCACCAUUUUGUCGAUCUCACCCUUAAAUUGGAAAUAAACACACAUAAAGUCAUUUUUUUCCCAGCUACUACAUCAUGUAUAUGGUGUUUUAAUAGCAUCACCUACUGGUCCUAGUCUUUUCUUGGCUACUUUAGUGCAAACUGGGUAAAUUUGCAGCUUUCUUUUUUAAAUUUUGUGUAAAUUUUGGCAUUUAUGAUACAAACUGUGAGGUCAGAGUUGCAGUCUAUUUACCUGUUAGUAGGGAUGCACGAAUCCCCUACAGGUAUCAGAUAUCGGUGCUGAUUCUGAAACUUUUGCUAGAUCAGAUAUUGGCUUCCAAAUAUGGGAUCUGCAGAUAUUCUAGUUGGACAAUAAGUAAUUUGACUAUUUACUGAUUGUAAUUGGCCCAAAAAGUCUCAGCAUGUUUUAAUUUUUAUUGAUACAAAGCUAUUCUGUGGUUACUUGAGAGAUAAAUUACACAUUUGGAUCAAUUCUGGGAAAUUUUACUUUGUUUUAAAGAAAUAAAUUCUGUUUUCAGUCUCUGCUCUGGUAUCUGUUGAUAUCGGGCAUUGGCAAAUGUGUAAAGCUGUAGUAUCGAAUCAGUAUCGGAUCUGAAAAAGCUGGAUCAGUUCAAAAUUAUUACACUGUUCGCUGGCACUGCCUAGUUUAGCCGCUCUGUUUAAAACGCAUUUACGGGUAGAGUUUAGGUGUUUAGUCUCACUUUAAACAUCGUGUGUUUAAAAAUCAAUCCAUUCAAACAUCACAGAAAAGAUAACAUUCAACCAACUGCACUAUUUUUUACAAGAUAUUGUACUUUUAGAUAUUUACAGGUGCACACAAACGUAGAGAUUUAAGUGUGAUGCCACUUCCAGGUCCAUCAGCUAUAUUUAAAACAAUAAACAUUUUUACAAUUUCUUCUUUUUUUUAGUGACAACACCUCUCACAUUAAAAAAAGAUUUCAGUUGUUUAAAAUGUAUAAAGGUUAUAAACGUGGAUCUAUGGUUAUAAAUGACAAAAAGUGUACAAGAAGGGAGGUUGAAAUAAGAAGCUAGGCUAGGCUAAUUAGCAGUGACCAGCAGUUAGAGAUAUACACACUGGUAAUCUUAUAGUGUGCUAUUUUUACAAUUUACAAAUUUUUUUGCGACAUUAUAUCUCACUUAAAAAAUGAUUUCAGUUGCUUAAAACUAGCAAGAUUAUAAGCAUAAAUCUAUGGUAAUAAAUCACAGAAAGUGCACAAAGGAAGUUGAAGUAGCUAGGCUAGGCUAGGCUAGGCUAAGCUAACGUUAGUAGUUAGAGAGAUAUACACACUGCUAAUCAUAUUUUGUGCUAAUUUUUACAAUUUUCUCUUUUUUUAGGGACAUCACAUCUCACAGUAAAAAAAAUAAAUAAAUCAUUUGUUUAAAACUAGCAAGGUUAUAAACACAGAUCUAUGUUUCUAACUGUGAAAUGUAUGAGGGAGGUUGAAGUAAGAAGCUAGGCUAGGCUAGGCUAGGCUAAGCUAACCUUAGCAGUGACCAGCAGUUAGAGAAAAAUACACACUGGUAAACUUAUAUUGUGGUAGAUUAUUACUACAUUAUUUACAUAUUUCAUAAAUUUUUUGGUAAAGUAUUUUUGAAAGAUAAUUAACUGUCUCCUGUUUGCUGAAUAAGGAACAAAAACAAAACUAGGAAGGACCUGGAAAUGACGUCAUUUAACUUUAUAGACUGAUUUUAGUGACAUUUGUGGCUUCACCGUGAUUUUUGCUUUGUCGUGCUUCCGUAACGUGUGGUUCUAUUGUACAAAGAGGCUCAUUCACCACGCGCACUGGUUACUACCUACACUUUAGACUCGUUCAAAUCCAUCGCACAGAAAGAUGUCAUUUUGGUGUGAGAUGAACAAUUUAUUUAUAAUGUCAGGAAUUCCAAAUAUUUAACUGGAUCUGGUGCAAAUUGUGUUUGAAAAUUAGAAAAUGAAAACCUUAAGGAGGAUAAUUUUAGAAGAACAGUUAUUUCUAAGUUCAAAAUUCUUCUAAAAUGUAAUCAAAUCCAGAUUAAUAUUGUAAAUUCUGGCAUUUAAGUGUGAUUAUUGCAGUUAUAAUAUGUAGUAUCUUUUGCAUUAAAAAUGUUAUAUUUUCGACAUGUGCCAAUGUUUUGGUUCUCAUCGGUAUUUUCUGUCAUGUGUCUACAAUGCCCCAGUAUUGAUUAUUGUUCCCCAAAUGAUAAUACUUAAUACUGUUAAGAGGGAUAUCAAUGUGUUAUUGAUAAUUAGAAUGCAAUAAGCACGGCAGGACUGAGGCUCCUAGCUUUACUAAACCACAUAUAAUUAGCCUUAAAAAUAAGUUUGAGCCUGUACUUAUGUAAUAAGUAUUUGGUUCUUAUAAUCAACAUUCUCAUUAUGUACAAUACAAUUCAGUCACAUGGCAUACACUUAAAGCUACACUAUGUAACUUUUUGGCCAAAAAAUAGACUGGUUGUUUUUAUUGCACUGAAAAAUAUUAUGAAACAUGCAUCUUUACUCUGAGCGGGCUUGCAUCUCCACAGACCUGACUUUUAUUUGGCCAGGAGGAGGACCUCCUGCUUGUUUCCAUGGAAAUGUUGUUCUUCUUGCUAUAAUUUUCCACACUAUGGCAUUAAAGUUAUCCAUUUCCAUAGAGAAUGUUCUUUAUGGCUUAACUUUCAGUUUCCAUGGAAACAUGCAGGUGAUGUGCCGCCUCCAGAAAGUUACUUAGUGUACCUUUAAAAACAAAAACAAAAAGGUUUGAAUUUAAAUUCUGUAGCUGGUGCAAGUUGACUUUGACAAUGGGAGAAUAACUGAUAUUUUGCAGUGAUGUCAGUCUGGGGGUGUGUGCUACAUGUAUGUCUAUGGUGGAAUGUUCAGCCGUGUCCAUGUUGACACAAUGCACAUAUUUGCAAACACUGCCAAAACAAAAGAAAAAACACAUUAACAACACAUUUUCAGGCACCUGUGAUCAAUUCAAGCGUUCAUGGUCCUGUUUAGUUUGAUUUUCAACAAAAAAAGUAAGAGACUGAAAAACUGUGGGCUAACGCUAGCUAGCAUAUUAAUAAUACACAUCAGCUCACCUGUUAUAGCUGCAGCUAAAUCAGUUCUUUAUGGUCACAAUUUAUUAAAACAAAGCUCAGAUUAAAGUCUAACUUGAGUAACAGAGCUUCAGACGGAGCAGUGCCUACAGUUAGCAUCACACCCCCAGGGAAUGUUGAUAACAUCAACUCCAAUAUAUCAAUGUUUUUUUUUGUUUUUAUUUUAUUUUUACAUUGAAAUGAGUGACUUGGUGUUGCUUUAAUGAUUGUUUUAUGUACUAUAUGCUGUACUGUAUCAUUGAUAUUUCUUGAAUUGAGUAUUUUUCAGAAUGUUCUGUUGAGACGCAUCUUUGAACAUAUUUUCUAAAUAAAUAUGAAACUUGACUAAA